CACUGCGCAUGCGUCAUGUCUGUGUACGGAAGCGUUGUUGCAGCUCGUUGGAUGGUGUGAACUGCGAUGUUCAAGCACGUUUUUCUAACAGGACCUCCAGGUGUGGGGAAAACCACGCUGGUACAGAAAGCCUGUGAAGCUUUAGUGUCAUCAGGAGUAGGAGUUGAGGGGUUUUACACAGAGGAGGUCAGACAGGGAGGCAGGAGGGUCGGCUUUGAUAUCGUCACACUGACGGGCGAGAGGGGCCACCUGUCCAGGAUCAGGGAAGGUGCUGGUGUGUCUCACAGCAGACGGGAGUACACUGUGGGGCAGUAUGUUGUCGACUUGCCUUCAUUUGAAAAUAUAGCCCUCCCUCUCUUCAGAAACGUGGGGUCAACGGACGGGGGCAGCAGGAAGGUGUUUGUUAUCGAUGAGAUCGGGAAAAUGGAGCUAUUCAGCCAGUCAUUUAUCAGAGCAGUGAGACAGACUUUAGAUAGCUCUUCUUGUACGAUACUGGGCACCAUCCCCAUCCCCAAAGGUAAACCACUGGGUGUGGUGGAGGAGGUGCGGAGCAGGAGAGAUGUCAAGGUUUUCACUGUGUCUAAGGAGAACAGAAACACUAUCCUACAAGAUGUUUUAACAGCACUACAAGAAUGUUUAAAGCCUAAUGAGGAGAUUCAGGGCCAUUAAAGGGGAAACCCCAGCAGUUUGUGUGUGUUUUUUGCUGACAGCAUAUUUCAUAUAUGUCAGCACAUAUAAACUUCAUACAACUAGACUAUUAAAUGGAUCUGUACAUGUUUAACAACGGGGUUGCAACCCAGAGUACAGUAAGCUGAGGGGCAUCCAGAGCGGUUGGAAGGGUAAGUGUGUCACGUGUGUGUACUUAUGUAAACAAUUCCUGUUGUGGUUUUUUUUUUGUCUGUUUUAUUUUUGUCUCAAAAUAGAUUAAAUACUAAAUAAUUGAUUGUGAGAUGGAACACAGCGGGGAAAUUGUUCAGUUAGUGUGUAAAUAACCCACAAUAUCCAAGUCAAAGGUGGCAUGGUCAUGAGAACAUGUUUUAUAAGGAGAUCAGCUUCAUUCUUCAUUCUUUAGUGUAUAAUAAGCAUUUUGUUGAUGAGGACAAGUUGUGAUAUUGUUUGGUUGUUUUUCAAAUAAAGAACCACAUCGA